AUGGCUCCUUCUUCUGGAGGCCUUGAUUGUGGGUUCUACCUACACCUAUGGCGAUCUUUGAAGCGAAUGAAUUGUGCUUUGAGUGAUGGUGCUUCUUUGUCGGGAAAAGAAGUGAUUGGGAAAGAAAAGAGCUGUUUCGGCAGCUGGGGCAAAGCGUCUGGCAAUGACCGAGAUGCGCAACCGAGGGUGGCUCAGCGCCUGCAGAUGCUGAGCGCUUUCAUUGUUCGAGCACGUGAUUUUCAGCUUCAGCUGUUCCAGAAGGAUUUUGAUUUCUUGGCUCAACGUGGUGUGCCGAGAACCAUGGUGUGGAGUGCAGUUGGGCCUUGGGGGCUCCGACUAGGGGCUUCGGAGAUGGAGUGCUCUGAUGGCACGUGUGUGAGCGGCAACCCGCUUGCUGCUGCAACCUCUUGGUCCUCGGGGAUGGAUCACGGGAUUGCUGGGGAUGAAUGCCCUGCUCAGGGGCUACCUUUGGCGAGUGAGCCUUGUGCGCAUGCUUCCGACACGCAGGCAAGUGCAACUUUUGGGCUUCACAUGAUUGAGGACACUUUCUCUGAGGAGUUUCUUUACUACGUGCCGCAGGCAAGUGCAGCAUUUGGGCUUCACUUGAUUGAGGACACUUUCUCCGAGGAAUUUCUUUACUACGCGCCGCAGCAGCAGCUUCUUCCCUCAGCGGCUGGUCUGGACCUUGGUGCUGGGCUGUGUGGGACGUCGUCUUGCGCUGCUGAGAGCCCUGUGUGUGACUUUCAAGAAAUCAACAAGACCCGUGAAAGGGCAAAGAGCCUUAGAGGCCUAGCUAGUGAUGAUUGUGUGUGUCAAGAAAUCAACAAGACCCGCGAAAGGGCAAAGAGCCUGAGAGGCCUAACUAGUGCCGAUUGUGAUGGUGAGUGCGAGCCUGACCGUAGGACGAAGAGCCUUUAUGGCCGUGUUCUUAGUGUUCUGUGGGAGCUCAGCACUAUCAAGACCCGCGAAAGGGCAAAGAGUGAGACUGAUAUCGGGCCUCUGGCGCCUGCUACUAGUUCUAGUGGUAGACAUGGCUCCCCGGAGCCCCCCUGUUCUCCCUCCUCGCAGUGCUGCUGCCAUGGCCUGGGCUCGCUGGCGGCUGGCGACGGUGGCGGCCAGUUCUUCAUCGCGCAGGGCAAGGACACUGGAGUGGUUGCCGAUGACGCUUCUUGCCGGGGCUGCUGCCCAUGCCGUGGUUCCUCUGCCCCCCUAGGGUUUAGGUCCUCCCCCAUAGGGGUACCCGUGUCUUCUGUUGGGGGCGAUGCGCUGCCCCAUUGCUGCACUGACCAAGCUUCACUUUCUCCCCUAGGGUUUAGGCCUUUGGUUUCUUGGGCACCUGAAGUCCGGGCUGCUGCAACAGCUGAUCGGGAUGAUCUAGUGAUGCCUAAUAGAGCGUGCCCCCGGAGCCCAGGCGGUGGGUGUAAUCCGGGUUUGGAGUUUUUGCCAGGAGGAGGUGGGGUCGCUGACCCAGGGCUCCGGGGGCCUUCCCAAUACAGGCCGCCGUCGGUGUGCAAUACAUCAGUGGGUCGAGGGGACUGUGGUCCCGUUGAGCAGUCUCAGGACGGUGCCAAGCUCGAUGCAGUUUCCCCUUGCAUGUGUCAGGUGCCUGCGACGCGCCUGGCGGGACUGCUGCAAACUCAGAGCGAUCUUGACGGUGCGCAACUGCAGGGGCCCCUGGGUCAAGACAGGCCGAAAGGUCCGAGUAUAUCCCGCGUGGCCCCUGGUAGUUUGACGCCUUGCUGCCUGUGUUGCGGGUGCUAUGCUGACAUGUUUGAUCCGAGAAACCCGCCUGUAUGUGUGCAGUUGCAGGGGUCAGUGGGUCAAGGUAGGCCGAAAGGUCCGAGUAUAUCCCAUUUGGCCCCGAGCAGCCUGCUUUCAACAUGUGUGCGUGAGGUAUGUCCUGGCGUGAUGCACAACUGCGAUUGUGGACUGCGGCCUGCUGACGGGCAGCCUCAUCUGAGGCAGGGUGAUGACGGGCAAGUGCAAGGGAACUUGGGUCAGGAUCUGGACUCUGCUGUUAUCUUGCGCUCCUGCUUAUCUGAGGGCUGCUCGGGUCCCACUGGCCUAAGGUUUGGAGGCGGAAACCCGUUUGAAGGCAUGAUGGCUAGUAUCACGGAACAGCUUAUGCCCAUGAUCACCGCGCUCAUUCAGAAAGCUGUGCAGGAAGCCAUUGCAAAUGCAAUGGGAGGUGCCCCGGCAACCCCUCCCCGUGUUGUGCUGCAGGAGCCGACCCUGGAGCGAGGGCCUAAACGCCAUAAACCUGACCCUAACCCCAGUAACAAGCGAAAAAACCAUGAGUCGAGCCGCCAUCCUUCCUCUCGUGAGCUGGGCGAGGGCAAAGCAUCUGGUGGCAGAGGUGGUCAGCCUGCUGCUGCAAAGGGCUCGGCCAAAGGUGUUGCUAGAGGCAGUGCAGAGGCGUCCCCACCCAAGCCUGGACCUAAAGGCAAAGGGCAGGGCGAUCGGCCUCCUCGUGAUGCUGAGGGCUGGACCAAGGUUCAACGUGCUCCCCCGCAGGGCCCCUUCCAGCUCCGAAGGCAGGAUUGGAGCGCGCAGUUGUUGUCGCAGGAUGGCAUCGCCAAAGCAUUGGACGAUCUUAAACCGGGUUCUACACUGGAAGCUGUCAUUCUUGUCCCGGGAAGUGUGGGUGAUCUCCUGCGUUUUCGGCGAGCCUCGAUUGUGCAUUGCAAAUCCGACCCUUCUGAUGGUGGUGUCCCUUGCUUUGCGGGGCACAAGGCCAAGGCCAUUAAAGUUGUUCCUGCGUCCACUUCGGUCGUCUACUUUAAGGUGCCUGAGAUGUACAUGACGCCUGAUAAAUUCAAGCAUUGGAAGAACAACCCGAGUCGUGCUGCCUCUUCUUGGGCCAGUUCUCACCAAAUCACUUUGAGUGACACGUGGGGUUGGGUCGAGGAGCAGCAGGCUGGCAAGCAAGGUUUGCAGCUGUUUGGCAUUGCUCGCCUCCUGGAUGCCGAGCUGUCUUCUCUCGUUGCUGUCAGUGGCCGGGAUGGAGUUUUUGUUGAUGUGCCGCGCGGCAAGCUUGUCUCCACUGUGCAGUGGCUUGCUGUUACCAAGGGGGAAGCUCCGACUGCGUACCUUGAACGCGGCCUCCGCAUGAGUGCUCCUUAUGGUCUUGCCACCCAGGGCGGACGCCUUGGCGCCAGAUCGCCUAGGGAUCCCUCACAGGCUGUCCCGCGUGUUUGGAAUUUCCCUCAUGUGCCGGCUACCUGGGGACAGAAGGAAGUGCUGCAGGUGCUGGACCAAUCCUUCAAGGAUGUGGCUUUGAUUCAGCAUAAGCGCACUGGCGCCGAGUACUUGUAUCGCUUCAGAGCUACGCUCAAACACGGUGAUCUUGAUCUGGUUCCUUUGAGUGCUAUCGUCGAGAGCGAGCCGGGGAAGGACAAUGAAAUCACGCUGUGGGCUACGGUUGCACCCUAUAAGCCUAAGCAAGCUAAGCAGCGACCUCUGCGAUGUGCGCCGACUCCCUGCCUCGCCAAGGAGAAGCCUGCACUGGAGCCCAAACCUGUUAAACUUGAGGUCCCUGCUGAGCUGGAUGAUGAAGGUAAGGAGGUGUCCCCUGCCAAACAUGUUGCGGCUUCGCAUCGGCAAAUCCCCUCGGGGUGUGAUCUCAUUGAGACUCCGAAAGACGGAGCCUGUUUGUUUCACGCCAUAGCGCGUGGCCUCCACUGGCUUUCGGGCCCUAAGAAGGCUGAGUACUCCCACAGGGACUUGAGGGCACGCUGUGUAGAGCACUUACGAAAAUAUGCUUCGCAAUAUAUAGGGGAAUGGGACGGCCACGGGCCGGCUCUACAAAAAUUGCGCGAAAAUGCCGCAUCUCCGGAGGACGCCUUUGAGGAAUACCUCAAGUUAAUUGCUUCGGAAUCUGCAUACGCCUCUACCAUCGAGCUGAAGGCUCUCGGGCGUUUAUUUGAUUGCCACAUCCUUGUGAUCCCACGCGAUGGGAAUUUUAGUGCGAUGUCGUUUCAUGCGCAGCAGCGCAAAAGGAGGCUGGUGUUAUGGUACACGCCUCGGCACAUCGAGCUUCUUUUGCCAGCUAAGGAUGCUAAAGACUACCCAGAGGAGGUUUUCUCCGUUACGAGUGGUGCUGUCGUUGACCUGAGGGCUGGAGGGGAUGACGCUUCCCAGUGCUCUGGUACUGUUUGGACUGCUUGCGCCCGAUCAAACCGAUCCAAGGCCAGCCGAUCAUCCUCUGUGAAGGCGGGCACUGUGUGGACUGUCACCAACGCGUCGAGCAGAAAGGCCGCUUCUUCUCUUAAGCGCGCUCGCGGUGCUGCUGCGACGGUCUGGUCCCGAGCCGUCUCCUCUGGUGCUUCCGUGCAUUCUCAAAUGCCUGCCUUGCCGGAGUGCGACGAUGAUGAUGCCCCGCAACCUGAGCGGUUGCAUCAUGCCAGCCGGGCCCUGCCUCAAUCUGCCCUUGUGAUGGCCCGUCGUAAUCGCGGCCGAGCCUUCCCUGAUGGAGUUGCUAAAUGCAGGCUUUGUCCCUUUCGCCGCAAGUGUGCUGAUCCUGUGAAGGCCUAUGCGGCCUAUCAGCGGCACUUCUUGGAUUCGCAUCCGGGGGAGAAGCUUGGGCUCGCUCCUGCCCGCAAGGCUUCCUGUGUUCGUGACCUCGCUGAUGGCGAGGGGGCGUACUGGAGAUGCAAACGGUGCCAGGCAGGCAUCUCUACUGCUGAUGCGGCCCUUUUUGGCAAGGACUCUCUGUGCCGCUUUCGCCGGGAGCAUAAAACACAGGCCCACCCGCGCGUCUCUUGGGCUGUGUGGAACAAGGAAGCGAAAUCACACUCGGCCACCAAAUGGGCCUCAAAGAUCAGUGUCACUCGCAACAAUGCCCAGAAGGCUAAGCUCCUGCCGGUGCUGCGUGAGCUGGAGGCUCAGGACUUUGAUGCCUUCGGGUGGCCGCGCCAGGCUGGGAAGGACACCAAUACUGUUGAUAAGUAUCCCUUACGCAUAUGCCCGGCUUGGGUGUGCCGCAAAUGCCGAGCGCCGUGCCCCUCUGCAGAGAUCGCUAGGAAACAUCGGUCGAUCAAGGGACAGUGCCCUUCUCGCACUGCUAAGGCGAGGGCGUGGAUUCGGUUGCGCUCCCUUGCUGCCAAUAAGAAGCUUCAUGAUGCUGCUCCUGCCUCUGUUCGCAAAGAGCAAGGUGAGCUCGCCUUCGCUGCUGCUGAAAAGGUCAAUGUUCCUGAAACGGCUGGCAUCGGCUAUCGCAACCAGUGGAAAGCGCAUGGCCGGCAUGUUGCUCUGAGUGCUCCUGAGGAUCUCGGCAGCCGGGUUGCUUUGGUCAGCGAUUUUCCUUUUCGGCAUGUCCAGCUGUGUAAGGGUCCUGCUUCCACCAGGCACGUGGCGGGACUCUUCAAUGUGCGAUCCCUCCCUGAGGAUGAUUCUUCGCUCCCUGCGAGCUCCCGGAGUGCCACUGAUGAAACCAUCCUGGUGGUGGCCUUUUAUGGCCAGGCCGGCAACGAGCCAGUUGCCCAGACACAAGUGGAUGAGGUUUUGGCGUGUGCGGUUGCCUCGGGUUAUAGGUUUGUGGUUUUGGGCGACUACAACCUUGAGCCUUCCCAAGGCCGCUUAGGAUCGCUAAUUUCGCAAGGCACCGUGCUUGCUGGUGAUGAAUGUGCGCGUGGCCGGCCCCUUCCUGCCACGGGCCCGGUCAAUGCCCAAGGAGUGCGCUCUCGUCGCAUUGAUUUUGCUGUUAAUCAUCGUGACUUGCCUGCGGUUUCUGUGGAUCACUUUACGUGCGAUUUUUCGGACCACUUGGGGGUACACUACUCGUAUGCCCUUGAUGCUCCUUGUCCCUUGGUUGGGCCCAAGCGAUGUAAGCCUCGUGAUGAUCUCCAGUCUUCUGACUUGGAGUCCAGAUGUGCUCAAAUUGAUGCUGGACCCUUUGCGAGCGCCUUGGAACAGAAUGAUUUGGACGGGGCUUGGCGCUUCUUGUCGGACACCGCCGAGCUUCUGCUGUGUGAGCCGUGCUCUGCUGAGUGCGUUCCUCGCGCGUCUUCCUGGGAGCCUGUCGCCCACAGUGCGGCGGGACGGGCUGGCAAGCAGCUUGUGAAGUCGGAGGGCCUGCGCCUUUUGCUGCGACUCCGUGCGAGGCUUCAGGUUCUUUCCCACCGGACGAACGAUGCUUUGCUGGUGGCACGAAUCAGGCGCUCACUCCGGUCCACGCGCUUGAAGGUGCCCAGCCUGCCUUUUGCCCGUGAUGGCGAUGAGCUCUCUCUUCUCCCACAUGUUGCACAGCUUGUUGAGACUUUCAUGCAGCAGGAGGAGGAGGCAAGAAAGCAGAUGUGGCGCACCAGGACGCGUGCUGACCUGCCUCGUGCCCGGUCUUUUGUGAAGCGGCGCGCUGAUGAGCAGCUUGCUUGGGAGCGUCAGCUUCCGGAUGUUGCCAGUCCGGGCGACCCUGCACAUCCGGCGGUCGCGGUUGCAGCUGUGGCAAAGGACCUGCGGGCGAAGCUCUGUCCCGCGUCCUUUAGGGCGGUUGACAUGCAGGCCAUGCGUGAUCUGUUGCGGCCCCUGCCGCGCCCCGCAAGCUCGGAGGUCGUGCCUAACAUCACGCCAGAGGCUCUCCGACGCUCCAUGCAGUCCAUGAGGCACCGUGCUGCCGGGCCGGAUGCGUGGAAACCGGGACUGCUAUGUUCCAUGCCUGAUCUUUGGUGGGUGUGGACCUCCCAGCUGUGGAAUCGGUGCCUUGCUUGUUGUGACGUCCCCGCCCAGUGGGCACAGGCACGUGUGGUGAUGAUUAAGAAAAUCAAGGGGGGCUUCAGGCCGUUAACCAUCUCUCAAGCUGUCUGGCGUGCGGGAGCAAGGAUUUUGAAUGCCCAACUCUCCGACUGGAUAGGUUCGUGGAGCUCUCCGUCGGAUGCCGGUGGCAUCCCGGGCACGUCGGUGUCGGGUGCCCUGCUUCAGCUGAAUGCUGCAAUGCGCGGUGGCGCUAAUGUUGCGGUUCAACAGGACAUUGCGGGGUUCUUUGAUGCCAUCCAGUUUGAAGCCCUAGAGGUCCUCCUUUCUCAUUUGAAAGCGCCGCCUUUUCUUUGGCCGCUGCUGAAGGCCUUUUACACGCGAGCUUCGCGCAUCGUCCAACUUGAUGGUGCAUACAGUGAUGCCUGGUUUAAGCCCCGCUUGGGUAUAGCUCAGGGUUGUCCCUUAAGUCCCACCCUUGCUGCCGCAUUUAGCCACCUUUGGACCUUGGCUGUGUUGAGGCAAGGGGUUUCAGGCCUGGUCUACCUGGACGACCGGUCCUUCUGGACUUUCUCUGCGGAUCUUGGCGACCUGGAGCAUGCGAUUCGGCGCUCCGACCGAUUCGAUGCCACUUGUGGUCUUGAAAUUUCCCUGCCAAAGUGUGCGAUCGUGGCGCCGGAGGGUCAUGUCGAGGCCUCUGCUCUGGCUGCCCGAUUCAACUAUCAGUUUUCGCAAACCCUUGAAGUCUUAGGUGUCACUGUUUCCUUUAAUGAUGAAUGGGGCUUGCUGAAAUUUUCCUUGAGAAAAGCUUUGCUGCGCAUGGACCUUUUGCGCUGGGUGACCGCUUGCAGUCGACUGCGGGCCCUCAUGCUGAAAUCACUUGUUUACCCGUGCUUGGUGUGGGCCGCUGCCUAUGCCACGCCACUGGCAGGCGAGAUGAAGCAAGUUAGAGAUGCUGCGAUUCGUGUUUUUGACUGUCAAUUUUCCUUUGAAGCCCCGCGUGUCCUGAUCUUCGAACAUGUGGGGUGGAUGCUGGAGCCACAGUGCGCUGCUGACUCUGCUGUGCUCCGCGAGGCCUGGCGCCUCCUCUGCCAGCCUCCGGCCUUUGCUCUGGAGCAGCCGCGUGAUGCCCGGGGCCAGCGCUGGGAUCAGCUGUUGCCUGCUGCGCCUGGCCUCCUUCGCAAAUUGGGGUGGAGCGUCGUUGAACGCCCUGAUGGCUUCUUUUUCGCCUGCCGUGAUGACUUAGGGAUCUCUCGUGAGGUGCAGGUCGGAUGGGAGAGCUUUGCUGAGGUUAAGGGCUGGCUGUUUGACCAUUACCGGCACCUUUACAUGCAGAGAUGCCAGCGCGUCUGGCGGAGCUUUCAUAGGCCGGACCCGAGCCUUGCACGCGGCCUGGAUCUGGCACCUCCGUCGCGGGAUGCGCGCUUCAGCUUUCGUGGGCACCGCGUUGCCAUGCAUGAGGCGACCACUCCUUAUAUGAGACGGGCUGCUGCUGUCACGGGAGGCUCGUGCUGGUUCUUUACGGCCGGGCAGGGUUUGAACGAGCAGCAUAGGCGCAUGCAGUGCCUCUGCGGAGCGACUGCUCCGUCGCGACCGCAUGUGACCUGGGUUUGCGAGUGCACCGAGGCGCUCCGGCGGGAUCACCCCCCUCCGACGAAUCGGGCGGAGGAGCGCAUGUUUGCCAAGUCGACUCCCUUGAAACCUCCGGCGCCUGCCGCCUCUGACUGUGGGGCUUUUCGGGCGGACUUGGAUGCUGCUUUCCGUGCUGCCCUCGGCUCUGGCAGGAGCAGGAUUUAUGCGGCUACUGAUGGCUCCAGCCAUCGAUCUGUCGGUGCUUAUGCGGUGGUGAUCGGCGAUCCGUCUUGUGUCUAUGCCAUGGGCACUGGGGCAGAGGAUCAAUCCCCGUAUCGGCAGGAAGUUCUGGCCCUCCACGCGGCCUUUGCUUCGGUCCACCGGGUGUGGAGUGAGGGCUGCGAGACGUGCAUUUUCAUCUUGACCGACUGCAAAGCUGCCCUGACGGCCAUCUCGGGCCAUGGUGAUGAUCCCUUUAAGUUGGGCCUCUUGCUGAGGGACGCGCGCCGUCUCUGGAAGGAACUGGUGAGGCGCGGCUGUGCUAUCUCCUUGAUUUGGGUGCCAUCGCACAAUAAGCACCCCCGCUGGCGGCCUUCGUCGGAUCACGAUGCGGAUGUGCUCCGCGCCUUUAACCAUGCUGCAGAUCAGGCGGCGGGCAAUUGCAUGCAAAACAGGCUCUCGGGCUCUCUCAGGGAGCGAUGGCAUCAGCAGUGUGAGCAGGCUCGGGACUGGGAGCUGGCUACCAUCAGACUUGCGGCAGCUGCUGCCGAGAAGCUGGACACACAUGUGAAAAGUGUUCCCCUUGAUGAUGCUGAGCCCGCAGGGGCUGGGCCUUGA